AUGACCGACAACGCCCGCCCUGAAGAUCCUCACACGCCACAUUCGUCCUAUUCAUCACAUACAAAGACGAUUGCAGCGCUUGUUUGUGCUUUUGCUGUCAUCCUGGCUUUCUCAAGCACGUUUCGCAAUCUCUUUUUGUCCUCGUCGUCUCUCGCUGUCAAGCAGAGUGCGCGCGCAAUGUCGACGGCUGCACCUACCUCGAUGAAGGUUACCAAGCGCCCAUGGUCGCAACGCGGACACGCGGAUCACGACUGGCUUUAUACCUAUCACACAUUUUCAUUUGCCUCGUACUUUGACCCCCAGCAUGAGAGCUUUGGCCCGCUCAGGGUGAUCAACGAGGACAGGGUCAAGGCAGGCACCGGCUUUGGAACGCACAGCCACGCCGAGUUCCUCAUCUUCAGCUACAUUGUCAAUGGCGUGCUCGAACACCGGGAUAGCAUGGGCAACCUGGAGAACCUCAAACGCGGCGAGGUGCAAUUUACUAGUGCCGGCACGGGAAUUCGCCACUCUGAGUAUAACCGCAAUAAAGAGUCCGAGGUGCAUUUCUUGCAGAUUUGGGCCAAGCCGAAUAAGAGGGGGCUGAAGCCGCACUACGAAACUAAGCAGUUUACCGAUCAAGACAAGACUGACAAGCUGGUGCGCAUCAUGGAGUCGACCGACAGGCUUGAGCAGAGCAAGGGCGCUAUUGGCCUUCAGGCGGAUCUGAGCAUGGAUGCGUGCAUUUUGUCAAAGGGAAAGAGCGUCGUGCAUGAUGUUGUUGCCGAGGGGCCGAGGAAACUGUUUGCGCAUGUUGUCAUGGGUGGACGCACACAGCCAAAGCAAGGGGGUGCACAGAUCAAGAUUGGCGAUUUGGUCCUAGGUGAAGGCGAUGGCGCGUUUAUUGAGGGUGUCAAGGGUGGCGAGCAAGUCCGGGUGGAAAGCGUGGGUGACAAGCCGGCUGAGUUCUUGCUGUUCGAUCUAGGUAUGGACGAUGCGUAGGUGGGAUUUGUUUCUCUCUUUAUUCUCUGUCUGGUCGCGAGGUAAUAGUAGAGCCAGAAUUCCUACCGAAUAUUUUCA